AUGGUCCCCGGCACCAGCAUCGAUCUCGAGCAAAUCCUCGACUGCGCCAUCCAGGUCCUUGACGCGGCCACCAGCAACCAACCCACGCAUCGCCGCUGGGGCGUCAUCGACUUUUUCUCCUCGUAUUGGCCAGAGGAAGCCUGGAGCUUCGUUCUCAUGAAAUGGGACACGGACAUUUCGAACCGCCCUGCUGUCCGCGCCGCGCUGCUGCUGGCUCUCACCAUCCCGCGAAAGCGUCCGAGCCCCGAUCUGCAGCGCAUCACCGAGCAGCUGAUCCAAAAAGCACUCGCCGACCCAAACGAGACCGUGCGAACUCUUGCGGCAAUCCUCAAGGAUGUUCCCUGGCCCACAAAUGGAGGCCUCACCCUGGAGCUCGAUCCCAACCUGUGUCCCAUCUUCGAACAAGCCUUCCAGGAGCUCCGUACCGUGAGCUUCCCGAGCACACUAUUUGUUCCGCGCUACAUGGCCUAUCUGGAUCCCGACGUCGUCAAUGGGCUCAUUCCCGGUGGAGAGGCCCGCCUUGCAACCGAAUCCAAGGAGCCACAGCUUCGAUUCCGUCCUGAGUUUGCAAUCCCAUCCAGAGAAGAACGACUGAAGCUCUAUCUCGGAGACCCCAUGGCCGAGGACACCCAAAGCCCCGUCGGCUUGUCCAGUCUCCCUGCCAAACCCAUGGCUCGUCCCCUCUCUGGAUCCCGCCUUCCGCUCAAGCGCCCGCCCAUGAUUCCGCUCUCAAGGCCACCUCUCCCCCGCGUGACUGCAACUCCAUCCUCCAAAACAUCUUUGGGCAUCAACAGACCCAUCCCCAAGGGCUUGCAGCGUGAAUCCCGGAUCGUUCAAAUGUCUGACAAUGACUCGAUCGAGCUGAAGAAGGAGUACCUGAACGAACAGCGAAAGCAUCAGGAAGGCAUGUACUACUGUAGCGAUCGGGCGACUUCUUUCUCCGCGAGCUUCGCUGGGCUCGACCACCGCUAUUCUCUCGCUGAAGCCUGUGUCGUGCACAAAGGCACCUCCAUGCUCAUGAUGUCGUUGGAGCGGGCCAAGGAAGAAAAGAUAAAGCAGCGUAACCUCGAAGCCGAAGAAAAACAAAAGAAGCGCCUCGAGGCCAUGAACAAGAAGAAAGAACUCCAGCAGCUCAAGAUGCAGGAGCGACAGCUCGCCCAGCAACAGAAGCAGCUGCUGAAGCAGAAAAAGGAGCACUCCCCGCAACCGGCAUCCGACGAUGCGCAUGUCGAUGCCGAGGUCUAUACCAAUCCUGAAUCCGAUGCCAACUCGCAUGUCGCUCAUUCGCCCUCCGACCUUGCAUCUCCAGCAACCCUGCCGCCCGAUACGCCGGAGGCGCUGGAUCAUGAAAGCUCGCCUCCGCCUCCGCCUCUGCCGCUGCUGCCGCCGCGCUUGUCCAGCAUCGAACUUGAUCCAGACUUUAUGAGCGUCGAAGUUUCCGUGGAGAUUCCGGUGGCUCCGGAGAGCGAUGACGAGUACAUUCCCGAGGUCUCUGCAUCCAAGCGCCAGACGCGAUCGUCCUCAAGCCGAGCUGCUUCCGCAAAUGCAGCCAAGGCAUCGAAGCCAUCCCCGAGCUCUGGCGAUGCCACCAAUGACACUGAUCCACAAGAUUCGUCCAGCUCUGCCUCCAAAAACAAAAGUACUGCUGCUACCGCUGCUGCUGCUGCUACUACUGCUGCUGCCAGCUCGGAACAGCCGCAGCAGAGCCAGCCAAGUCUGAAGGAUAUGCUUGACUCAAUCUUCCAGUACUCAAAUAUGGUUACCGACGACCACCGCAAGAUCAUUAUCGAUUUUAUGAAUGGAAGAACAGACAAGAGUAUGCCCAAACAAUCUUUCCUGCUCAACGUGAAUACCUCCACGGACCACGACAAUUUCGAAGUCACUGAAACUCUGAUGAUCGAGCUGGAUUUCCAAGAGGGUCGCUGGAAGAAACUCCGGAGGACGCAGAGGCUACCCAAAGCCGCUGCCGCCGAGAGCGCAUCCGCUGCCACCGGGCCCAAGUAG